AUGUUGAGUGAGUGGCUUGGACCUACGAUUUCGGUUCGUGCGCUUACAACCUAUGAAAUAUCUGAUGAGCUAUGUCGUCGGCAACUGCAGGGAUGUAGAGGUGCUUUAAGGCACGAUAUAUCUCCUGUAAGGAAUGUGUGUGAUUCUCAAGCACGUCGUUAUCAAUCUUCUGUUAGUUCAGUCAGGUCUAAAACAUCAUUUCCACAUGUUUCUUCAUCAGUUUUAAGUCGUAAUUAUGAAGUACCACUGUCAUUUGGUAGGAAUAUUGGCAUUAACACUCUCGAUUGUAGCUCUCAUCAAUCUGCAUUAGAAUACUUAUCACCUUGGCUUUCUCAAAAAAGUGUUGUGACAAAUGCGCACUCAACAUCUCAUGUUUGGCUACCUCGAUCAUCUUCAUCUAGAAAUAGUGGCCAUUCUAAUUCACUUCCUCGUCUUGAUAAACGUGAAACAUCUUGCCAGACUGCAAAUACUGUUUCAAGUAGUCGUAGGUAUUCAGACCAUCAGAGAAGACGUCAGUACCGGAUAGCAUUAAAUUUUUUCAACAAAAAGCCUGUAUGUGGUAUUCAAUAUCUUAUUCAAUGGGGUUUUGUAGAGAACAAUUCAUUAGCAGUUGCUAAUUUGUUAUUGCAUCGUCGUGGUUUGAGUAAACAAAUGAUUGGUGAAUACAUUGGACAUUUACGAAAUUCUUUUCAGUCUUCCGUACUGAAUCAUUUCGUGGAUCAAAUUGAUUUACAUGGAUUGGAAGUUGAUGUUGCACUAAGACAUGUGCUUUCGUUUUUUCGUCUCCCAGGAGAAGCACAAAAAAUUGAAAGAAUUAUGCAGGUAUUUUCUGUGCAUUAUAGCUCUUGCAAUCCUGAUCGAGUUGCAGCUUUUCACAGUAAAGACACAGUAUUUAUUUUGGCAUUUGCUAUUAUAAUGUUGAAUACAGAUCUUCAUUCUCCUAAUAUCAAGCCUUCAAGGAAAAUGAAAUUAGGAGAUUUUAUCAACAAUUUGAGAGGAAUAGAUGCAGGGCACGACAUUGAUAGACAGCGCUAUCGUUCUUUGACUAUUUUAAGAACUCUUUUGGUACGUAUUUAUCGUCGAAUACGGGAUUCACCAUUUAGCACUGGAUCAGAUCACGUGUCGCAAGUGCUCGUGGUGGAUCAAAGCAUUAUUGGCAAAGAUAAGCCGAACUUAGUUGAACCUCAUCGUCGGCUCGUUUGCUAUUGUCGUCUGAACCAAAUUGUUGAUCGUAAUAAGCGACAACCUGCUAAUGCUCACCAGCGAGAAGUGUUCUUGUUUAAUGAUCUUUUAGUGAUUGCAAAACUGGCUUCGAAAAAGAAAUCGUCUUGUCAGUACAUAUUGCGGUCCUGGAUGACACUAUUAGGGUUGCGAAUCAGCAUGUUUGAGACGCCUUUUUAUGACCAUGGUAUCAAGAUCAUGCUCCCUGAUGGGCAGGAGAUUCAUCUGAAUUCAAAAACAGACGAUGAUCGGCCGAGUACGAUACAUCGAUUUGUAGCAGAUGUAAAAGAAUCAGUUGCUGAAUGUGCUGAAAUGGAUGCAUUGAGAAUCGAAACUGAGUUGGAUAAACAUUCAUUGUUUAAUCGUAGCGAUGGGACACGUGAAAGAGACUCAGGUUUAUCUGAAAUAGAAGGCAAUACUUCAAAUAGUGUUAUGAAUAUAUCUUCCCCAAACACUUCCCAGCAAGCUUUAAAUUCUUCUUUUAUGCGUCGACUUAGUUUCAAUUCAUUUGAUAGUGGAGUUAUUGAGGAAGGCUGUGAAUCAUUUUCUCACUCAGUUCUACCUACUGUUUCACCUUUUUACACAUCAAGACGUUUGGAAGCCGCAAUUUGA